ACAUGGGGAAAGGAAGAUUGGAAAGCUGAGUGUGAUGUCCCAAACCACAGGCUGGCAGCCUUGCCCACGGUUUGCUGCUUUCCUCCAGGCUUUACAAACACUUUCAUAACUGUUCUGAGGGCGAAGAAUUUUUGCUCUGUAUUCCAAGGCACCGAGGCAAAACUGUUCCGUGCUGCCGUGGAUGUGAAAUCCUCUCCGUGCCGCCCAAAAAACUCUCAGGGCCCCAAAAAAAUAAAAUAAAAUCAAAAGCUCUGGCUGGAUGUGGAUGGAAGAUGGAGCAGGGGAUGGAUAGCAGCAGGGAGGAAAGAGUGAAGUUGGUUAUUUUUCUGGCACAUGGAUGCAAUUACAGCCGGCGCAUUCCAGAGGCGUUCCUUUGAAUCCUGUGCAGGUCUGCCUGCCGUCCUUGGGAGAGAGGAAGAGAAAGGGAGGAAAAGUCCCUCUUGCUGGGAGACGGAAUGUCUGCACUUCCAAUCCUCUUCCUAGCUUGCUGUUCUGCUUGGCUGUGCGAGGCUCAGACGGAAUUCAAGAGAGUGGCCGAGGAAAACGUGACCCUGCCGUGCCACCACCGCCUGGGGCUGCUGGAGCAGGGCAGCCUGGACAUCGAGUGGCUGCUGCACAUCUCCGAGACCGUGCAGAAAGCGGUGAUCACCUACUCCGGGGGCCGUGUUUACGAUGACCUGAACGAGGAGCAGAAGGGCCGCGUUUCCUUCACCUCCAACUUCCUUGCUGGAGAUGCUUCCCUGCAAAUCAUCUCCCUGCAGUCCAGCGAUGCAGGGAAAUACAUCUGCAAGGUCAAGAACGCGGGGCAGUACGAGUGGGCUCGCAUCACCCUCAAGGUUGUAGAGAAACCCUCCAAGCCCAAGUGCUGGCUGGAGGGGGAGCUGCUGGAAGGGAAGGAGCUGUCCCUGCAGUGCCGCUCCGCCUCGGGCACUGCCCCCAUCUCCUACCGCUGGCAGCGCAUCAGCGAGGAGGACGAGCGAGCCGAGCCCCUCCCGCCCAACUCCAGAGUCAACAUCUCGAACCCCGGGCAGGUCCUGCUGAAGAACCUGACCCAGCUGAGCACGGGGCUGUACCAGUGCGUGGCCACCAACGAGGCGGGGCAGGAGAGCUGUGAUGUGCAGGUGACAGUGCAGCAUGCACAAAAUAUCAGCAUGAUCGCCGGGGCAGUGUGUGGAGUGGUGGGUGGGGCUCUCCCUGCUCUUUGGUGUGUGAGGCUGACGAUAAGGAGGAAAGAGAAGAAGAGAUACGAGGAAGAGGAGGCACCGAAUGAAAUCAGGGAAGAUGCGGAGGCACCCAAGGCUCACCUCGUCAAACCCAGCUCCUCCUCCUCGGGCUCCCGCAGCUCCCGCUCGGGCUCCUCCUCCACCAGGUCCACAGCCAACAGUGCCUCCCGCAGCCAGCGGACUUUGUCCACCGAAGCCACCCCGCACCUCACCCCUCCCCAGUACAGCCAGCGGCAGCUGGACAGGAAAGAGCUGGAGCCGAAAAAAGUCGAUUAUAAUAACGUGGUGAGGAUGGCAGUGCCCGCGGUGAUGGUCCCCGCGCAGAGCCGCGCCUUCCAGACCGUGUGAGCACCCUGGGCCGGCCAGAGCGCCCCUUCACACCGCAGCAGCCACUCAGCAUCGCUAGGGUAGCUAAUUCUGUCCCCGGUCAGCUUCAUCUUCCUCAUCACUCGGGAUUAUUCACACCACCAGAAGCCCUCCCACUCAAUUCCUUCUGAACAUCUUCCAGCACUGAGGUUCUGAUACGGACUUAACAAAAAGAUAUUUGGAGGGAAAAGGGAGCUUCUUCUUAAAUUAUCUUUUUUUUUUUUUUCAUUAAAAAUGGAACACUGAGCAUUUAAAACCUCCGACAGCAAAGCGCUGUACGAGUGAAAAGAAGCCAAACCUCAGGAUUUUUUAAAAGGGAUCAACAGAGACUUAAAGAUGCAUCAUAUUCCAGAGAGGUUUUGUGCAGAGGGAGAAGCCUCUUGGAGUGGUUUUGGAGAAGUUUCUCGAAAAUGCAUUGUCUUAAGUGAAGAUUUUGAGGCUGAGCAUGUCCAGCCUCAAAGGGAACUGACAGGUGCUUCACAUUUUCUGCAUUCAGCGAGAUACUGGAGGCUGCAGCUAAAGUGGAAAUCAAAGGAUCACUCCCAAAGGACAAGAGAUGCAGUAUGAAGGUGUCUGAACUAAACUCUGUAUUAAAGAAAAAAGGACCUUUUCUGUCAAGAAAACAGAGGUGCUUUAAUUGCCAGAAUAAACUUAGGGCCAGGAGCCUGACUCUGCUUCCACGGGCAGCACUGCAGGGGUGGCAGAGGAGCCUUAGAGAGAGAGGAGAGCUGGGCACUGAAUCCAGCAGGGAGGCAGUGCCCAGGGGAGGGCACCAAUGCACCAAAAAGCCUGGAUGGAGCCUUUGGAACAGCUCUGGUUGUUGGAGAAUUGGCCAGGUCUGGGGGGAGCUGUGCUGGAGGAGCCUUAGGGGAAGUUCUUCCCGAGACUGAGUGAACAGCACACCUGAGCUGACCCCCAGGGAAGGCCUGGAGGAUUCCCUGACACAGGAAAACACACCUGGGACAGGUAAACAGGCACAGAACGCUGCUCCCUUUAGGAAAUCUUGGUGUGUGCUGUCCCACUCCCACACCAAAUGCUGGGCCACGUGCCAGAGCUGAGGCUUAAACCUUUAGCAAGACUCUUAAAAAAUGCAAGAAUUGUAAAAAUUACUUUUUGUGAGCAACCAGGUUAAGUGUUUCCACAGAAUAUGGAGUUAGGAAAGGAUAGGAGAUAGGGACAGAUGCAGAAUUCUGUCAUUGAUAUUUUCCUCUGAAGGACUUGGCUCUGACCACCGCUACACACAAGACACUGAGCUUGUAGGUUCUAGAUUCCUGUAUUCCUAGAUUGGUGAUUUUCUGUUUAAAAAAAUGAGGGUGUUUGGGUUUUUUUCCCCACUCGAGGGAGGGAAAGGGUUUCUGCAGUUUGUGGAAAGAGCCUACAGAAGAUGGAUGAGCACAGAAGAACCACAGAUCUAUAAUUCUUUCACUCCAGGAUUGUCAUUAAUCUCCUUUUCUGACUGCAACCCAGAAUUCUAAUUUCUUUACUUGAGAUCUUUGACAACCAGAUCAAAGCCAAGCCGUGCUCAGGCUACUUCCACAUGGGAAAGAGUUUUCACACUUGCCCUACACUAUGUGAGAAUUCCCAGGAGCAGUCACUCAAAAUUCCACUGCUUUCUCUCCCCCAGAUUUAACCCCUGGCAGGACAAAUCACGGAUGCUGUGCAGGGAAAACAAUCCCAGUUUUACAUCAGGGAGACCUGCUAUGGGGUGUUUGCUGAGCUGCUCCUUCCAUGCCAGCUGCUGCUGGUGGUUUCUCUGUCAUUUCGCCCUGGAAUGCUCCAGGAGCACAUCCCUGGAUCAUCUGUGUCUGAAGCAGCAGCUCUGUGUGUCUGUGACUCCUCUGCUGUUGUUUUUUCCCAGAGCCCUGAAGGCUCAGGCACUCCAAAGCACUCCCAAGCCUUUCCAGAGCUGGGAAAACUCCAGCAGCAGGAACAGGAUGGUGAAAGCAGCUUGUGGGUUCCUCUGUGGGUGCUCCCUGUGCUGCACCUGAGCAUCCUCACCCCGUGCACAGAGACCCGGGAGUGCUUUUGGUGUGCCUGAGCCUCCAGGAGCUCCUCACCACAAACCAGGGUGACAAUUCCAGCAGCUGAGCUGGCCACAGGCUCUGGGGCAGCUUUAGUCACAGCCCAGACUGGUUAUUAGCAGAGAGGAGGCUCUGCAGCCUGGAGGGAGGAGAAUUUGCCCUGGCAGGUUUUCCUGGAGCCUUUGGGCAGCCCUGGCAGCCUCUCCUGCCGUGGAACCACCCUGAUGGCACAGCCUGAGAGCUUUGGGAGCCUUGGGGGAGGCCAGGAGAGGCUGGAGCCUGCUCUGGGGGAUCGAUCCUGGCUGCUCCAAGCCCUGCUGGCCUGGAAUUUCCAAACUCUGUCGGGAUGCAGGCACUGUCCAGGUAUCUGCUUCAGCCCACACAUCAGUGAUUCACAGGGAAGGGGAAAGUUCAUCACCCAAAGGGAUCAUUCCAAAGGGAUUCUAAUUUCCAAGCUCCAGCCGACCAGGAGUUGCACAAGGGAAGCAAACAAGCCAAACCCCGUUUUGUAAAAUAGUGUAUUAAAGCAUUUACUGUCAUAUACCAGCUAUUACUUGUGUGAUUAAAUGCCUACCAUGUUAUGUAGCUUUUUGUUUCUCAGCAGCUAAACUAAGCUUCCAUCUCUGCUACCUGCUAUGAUUGGUGUACUUGUACUGUGUCUGAACAACUCAGAGGAAAGCAAAUAUUUAUUAUUGAUUCCUUUGAAUCAAUGAUUUCAUAAUUUUUUUUUGGUUGGUUGUUUUAUAAAUAAAGGUGCUGCAGCUGAAGUGCUGCAGCUCAACUCAA